AUGCUAAGAAGAUACCAGGAGAAUUUGGUCAUGUACCUAUUAUCUUCCAUCUCAAUAACUGUACAAAAAUGUUGUCAAAAAACAAUAACUUUCCAAGAUGUAACUAAUAUACAAAUGUUACUCUGCAAUUUUGUUGAAUUUACCAGAUUGCCAGCCUUUACAAUUACUUUUCAUUAUAUUCUUCAUGUUGCUGAAUUUAUUCAAAAGUGUGGACCUUGUUGGACUUCUUGGACUUCUUGGCAAUUUCCAAUAGAACGCCUCAUUGGAAUCCUUCAACCAAUG